AUGUCUCCCAGAAAUGAUGGCAUUCUUGACAGUCAAGAUUGGGACAAAAUCAAGCCAAAUUGGUCUGCAAAAUCUCAAUGGCUGGCUCAAGGCGUCGACAGGAAGCUAACGACACCCACACGAAGCAAGCGGCUUUCACGCUUGAGCCUUGCCCGCCUGAAGUCCUUCAUCUGGCCCAUUGGAUAUGCAAAGCAACCGCAUGCUUUACGACCUACAGCUUAUCUUGACGGGCUACGAGGAUUCGCGGCUUUCCUGGUCUACUGGCACCAUCACGAACUCUGGGCACACGAGCCGCAUAUCCAGAAUUGCAUAUUCGAAAAUUCCUUUGGCUACGAAAACAAGUACUACUUUGUCGCCUUUCCUGGAAUACGAAAUCUAUUCACUGGUGGACAUUUCGCCGUGUCAACAUUUUUCGUCAUCUCUGGUUACGUCCUCUCUGCCAAACCGCUGGGCUUGAUUCAGUCCGGGGAUCAUGGCAAGUUGGCGGAAAACCUUGGCUCGGCCCUGUUCAGGAGAUGGAUCAGACUAUAUCUUCCUUUUAUGGCUACCACGUUCAUUUACAUGGGGCUCCUUCACCUAUCUGGUACUUGGGUUGACAAUAAAGAUCGUGCAUCGACUUGGAUAGAAGAUGUAUGGCUCUGGUAUUGCGAGCUGAAAAACUUCAGCUUUGUUUUCACUACUGGAGGGAGCCCUUUCUUCAGCUGGAACCCUCACCUUUGGUCAAUCCCAGUUGAAAUGAAAGGCUCAGUCAUCAUAUACACCGCACUUCUCGCAUUUUCUCGAUGUACCAGAAAUGCCCGGCUUUGGUGCGAGGCUGGACUCGCAUUCUACUUCAUGUACAUCGCGGACGGAUGGUACGGCGCCAUGUUCGUGAUGGGCAUGGUUCUUUGCGAUCUUGACUCUCUGGCGAAGAAGAACGACCUACCGAAUAUCUUCAAAAGAUUGGAGCCCGCCAGAACUUUCAUCUUCUAUCACUUGUUCCUCAUUUCAAUGUACCUGGGUGGCGUCCCGUCAUAUACCGGUGAUGUCAUGAGGAUGCGCGAAAACCGUGGAUGGUAUUACCUUUCCUUCCUCAAACCUCAAGCCGUCUUCGAUUACAAGUGGUUUUACCUUUUCUGGGCUGCGGUGCUACUCGUAGCCUCUAUUCCUCGUAUUUGGUGGCUGAGAAGGUUCUUCGAGACACGCUUCUGCCAGUAUCUUGGACGGAUCUCGUUUGCUCUUUAUUUGGUCCACGGACCUGUUUUGAAUACGCUGGGGGAUCGCCUCUAUACAAUUGCCGGCUACUACAAAGACUCGGAACAGCAAAACCUGGCACACUUGGUUGAGAAGUUUCCCUUGCCAAAGAUUGGCCCUCUUGGAUUGGAGCCAGCCUUUCUCCUCCCCCACCUGGUCAUCCUACCUUUUACUGUUUGGUUGGCAGAUCUCGUCACGAGAUAUAUCGAUGAACCUAGCGUCAGGUUUGCUCAGUGGAUGUACAGAAAGACACUCAAUACUUCGGCAACGCCAGCCUGGGUCUAA